CUCCGCUGAGUCAAAAUCUGAGUCUUGGUCGGAGUUUCCGUCGUUCACUUCUUCCUUGUCUGUUUGACCAACUUUUCUCUUACUCAAACGGUUGUUUUAAGCCAAAGUUUGUGUGUGUUUCUUAAACUUUCCCCCCCUGCAAUUAAGGUCUGUCAAAGCAAGCUGUGAAGCUCCCCCCCGACUGCCGGGUGAGCAUACCGUUCCUCUGCCGAUAAGAAGCACCUCCUCUAGGCUCAGUCCUACUGUGAUGGAACGAUACUUUCGAUCAGCAUGAGACAUUUUUCAGGAUUUGUGAGUUGACUGCGCUCCCCGAUUAUGAAGACUCAACAGCCUGCCCUGCAUGCUCCCUCCCAUUGUAUGCUGCAGAACGAGGGCACAUUGAACUGGCACUUUGAAAAGUUGGACCACUGAUGCAAACUACGUGACUGUUGCUGUGAACACACAGACUCCCUACGUGCUCUCGGCCCUCUCGAUGCCAAAGGCCACUGUUCAUCACUGAGAUGUUCUGAAAUCCCUGCAUUAGCCUUCUUAAGUAAAACUCACCUGACUUCACACAAUGGCUUCCAACAUCAUCGUGGAACAGCAGUUUUCUCACAAAUUUACAGUGACAGUGGUUCGAGCUGAGAGUGUCACCAAAGGAGCACUGGGUGACCUCUUGGACACUCCAGAUCCAUAUGUGGAAUUGUUCAUCCCAACAGCCCCAGAGAGCAGGAAGAGGACAAAGCAUAUAGAUAACGACAUCAACCCAAAAUGGAACGAGACGUUUCACUUCAUAUUAGACCCCAACCAGCAUAACAUACUGGAGUUAACAUUAAUGGAUGCCAAUUAUGUGAUGGAUGAGACGCUUGGGACUGCAUCAUAUGACAUCACAAAGCAUGGCAUAGGACGGACAAAGACGGAGGCUUUCCUCAUUGGCAAAGCAACCAAAGUCUACUUAGAGAUGUCACUGGAGAUAUGCACCAACCUGGACCUGCGAUUCAGUCUGGCCCUGUGUGACAAAGAGAAGCAGUUCAGACAGACUCGUAGGGAGCGAGUGAUGCUGGGAAUCAAGAAGCUGCUUGACAUGGAAAAGCCUCGUUUCCUCCCCAGCUCUCCAGAGGAGGUGCCUGUAAUUGCAAUAUCAGGCUCAGGAGGCGGUUUCCGUGCCAUGGUGGGCUUCUCAGGUGUGAUGAAAGCCCUGUUUGAGUCUGGGGUCCUGGAUUGUGCAACAUACAUUGCAGGGCUCUCUGGAUCUACAUGGUACAUGUCCACUCUCUACUCCCACCCAGACUUUCCAAAUAAGGGCCCAAAGGACAUCAAUCAGGAGCUGAUGAACAGAGUUAGCAGUAACCCACUGAGGCUGUUGAUGCCAAAACACAUCACCAACUAUAUACAGGCCCUCUGGACCAAAAAGGCCACAGGGCAGCCUGUAACCUUCACAGAUAUCUUUGGAAUGCUCAUAGGAGAGACGCUAAUACCUGCAAGGAUGGACAUCAAGCUCAGCAGCAUACAGGAGAAAAUCAACCAGGCCCAGAAUCCUCUUCCUCUCUUCACAUGUCUGCACGUCAAGCCAGAUGUUUCAGAGCUCAUGUUUGCAGACUGGGUGGAAUUCAGCCCAUAUGAGAUUGGAAUGGCGAAGUAUGGCACCUUCAUGACCCCUGACAUGUUUGGGAGCAAGUUUUUUAUGGGAACGGUUGUCAAGAAAUAUGAGGAAAACCCCCUUCAUUUUCUCAUGGGUGUGUGGGGCAGCGCCUUCUCCAUCCUGUUCAACAGAGUCCUGGGGGUCAAAGACACCGUCGGUGGCAGCACCAUGGAGGAGGAGUUAGAGCAGAUCAAACCUCAGCACAUCGUGGGAGAAGACAGUCUGGACAAUGACGAAGAGCCACGUAAAGGUGGGACAGAGAAUCAGGAGGCUGAAGAAGAGUACCAUCGCACUGCGCAGGCAAGUUGGGUUCAACGAAUGGUUACAUCGCUCUUCGGUGACUCUGCUUUAUUCAACACAAGAGAGGGUCGAGCAGGGAAGGUGCAUAAUUUCAUGCUGGGCCUGAACCUGAACACCAACAUGCCGUUCUCUCCCUUUGGUGAGGUCACAUGCUACGCCACACAACCAGAGGAUGAGGUGGAUGCUGUCACAGAUCCAGACGAGUUUGAUCGUAUUUAUGAGCCUCUGGAUGUGAAGAGUAAGAAGAUCCAUAUAGUGGACAGCGGCCUGACAUAUAACCUCCCCUACCCUCUCAUCCUGCGGCCACAGCGCUCUGUUGACCUCAUCAUCUCCUUUGACUUUUCUGCACGCCCGAGCGACUCCAGCCCCCCAUUCAAGGAGCUCCUUCUAGCUGAAAAAUGGGCACGAAUGAACAAGCUUCCAUUCCCUAAAAUCGACCCCAAAGUCUUUGACCGUGAGGGCCUAAAGGAAUGCUAUGUCUUCAAGCCAAAAAAAGGGGAAAAGAACUGCCCAACUGUCAUCCACUUUGUCCUGGUCAACAUUAACUUCAGGAAAUUCAAGGCACCUGGUGUUCCCAGAGAGACUGAACAGGAGAAGGAUUUGGCUGACUUUGACAUCUUUGACGAUCCUGAGAGUCCAUUCUCCACCUUCAACUUCCAGUAUUCCAACGAGGCUUUCACCAGACUCCACGACCUAAUGGAGUUCAACACUCUCAACAACGUGGAGGUCAUCAAAGAAGCCAUCAAAGACUGCAUCGUGUCCCGGAAGGAGAAUCCUUCCUGCCGCCCUGUUCCGUUCUCCCUCAGCGAGAUCCCGAAGAAAAAGUUUCUGAAACGAGAGCCUCGCUUGAAACCCUGGAACCACCUGGGAAACGACAAAUAGUAGCCUGAUGUAGGAGUUUGAAUGGAGAGGACUGCAGUGAUUUUUGUAGAACCUGCCUGGAAGUGAAAACGCAAUCAUUAUGAUUCCUUUUCUUCGUAUUUUCAAUUGUACUUUCAAUUUUGUUAAGAACAUUUAUGUUUACUGGUCAAAAAAACGUAUGAUUGCAUUCAUGAACAACCCAGUAAGACAUUUUGUCUGGCUGCUUGGAGAACUGUAGGUAUAAAAUCCCAACAAAUAUGUACAGUCAGCGCUUUUCUGCUGCCUGAGAUGAUUUUGGAAGUCGUACUUUGAAACACUUCGAUGUGACUGGAUUUUUACAUCUGCCCAUUUUAGAGUAGAUCCUUUGAGUCUUUUCUGUUGUUUUUGAUAAUAGCAGGGAGUCCAAAGACAUGGGUUCUCUCAUUUGAAAAGAAAAGAAACUGAAAAUGUGCUUUGUUUCUCUGCUUGUAUGAUCAUGUGAUUUUUUUUUCUACAACAGUUACAACAUUCAGUUCAUGCUGUAAAGAAAAGCUGCAUUUGCAUUAGUCUUGCUACAGCCACGCUCUCAGCUGCGUGUUUGUGUUCACUGUUAGAAGCCUCCCUGUUUUACUUGUUUGUUAGCUGAACUCUUUCCAUAUUUAGCGUGCUUCUACAUAGCAUGCAAAUCAUCAUGUUUUUGUUUUAUCUCUCACCGGAUGGCUCGUCUAAACAUGUAAUCCUGUUUGAAAACAUGGAAGAGGAGCUUGUUACCGUAGGUGUUUAAUGGCAACUCCUAAACACGCUGAGGCUGAGUGCAACCCCCUCUGGAUACCUCAAACAUCUCAAUGUUGCUCACCCACCUACAAGGAGGGAGCGCUCCCUGCUCCCCUGUUGGGCGUGUCUCAUAUUUAAGCCUCCAUUUUGGAAAAACAAAACUUGAUACCAUGGAAACAGCUCUCUUUCUCUCUCUCCAUUUAGGAUAAAGGUGUGUUUAUUUUCCUGACCAUGUUGUUUCAGGCUGCCUUUAGAUACGAGCCUGCUUGUUUUCAUUAAGGCCAUUUCCUCCCAAGGACUCCUUCGUCGCCCCCGCACAGUGAAGUGGGGCCUCGGUCAGAGCGAAGAGAGGACGGGGAGGGCGAUGGGUGCUAUCCACAGAUCUGCUUGCAGACCUGUGUGGCACUCAGUGGAAUUUUACACACUACACCUACACCUGCAGCAGUGGAAGCCUGGAAUCUGACACACUACACCUACACCUGCAGGGGCCGACGGCUGCACACAGAGCAGUGGAAUUUUACACUGCAGCAUUUAUAUACAGCAUAUACCCCUAUAUACUCAGGUUUCUGCUCCACAUGAAACUGAGGGGGUAAAUGUCUCCUGCAGUCCUGCUGCACAGAUUUAUUACCCACAAACCUUUGCAACCUGUUUUUUCAUCAUUUCUUCAGGACAAUGUGUAACCAUUUUUACAUGUAUCUGUACUUAACUGAACUUUAUUGUUCUACAAAAGAUGAAUAAUUUGAUUUCUUUGACUGAUUUCCACUCUCUUAUCCAUCAUGUUCAGGGCCGUACUAGCCUCUCUUUCAUAAGCUUCCCAUAACCAAAUGCAACCUCUCAUUUUUAUCUCUCUUUCCAAAUAGAUGAAGAAUGUCCCAGACAAAUUUAUGUCCCCUAACACUUGUAUUUGAAAUAAAAUCUGUUGAACCUAGUUUUAAGAUAACUUUAAGAGCACAGAAACUCUACGUUGUAAAUGUAUAUGUAAAACAGAGCUGGUAACGGUCUGCUAAAAUACAGAAUUACUGAAUAAACAGGGAUAUCCAUUGAUUUUUAUCGAUACUUUGCUAUUGUUUUUCUAAAUACUACAUGCUUGAAAGAACUAUAUAAACAGAAGAUGUCAUUGUUGACUGUUUUGUAGAGUAACGUGGUUAAGAAACAUAAAAAAUUGUUGCAUUUUGGUUAUUUUUACUUUAAAAGAAAAACUGUUCCAUCCCUGGAAAAGGCCAUUUGUGCUUGAGUAAUUUACUGUUAACUCAUGGUUUCAGAUGGAAAACAGAUCAGAAAAACCUAUUGGGCAUGAAAGAGAGUUUUACAAAUCUAGUGUUACCAUCCUACAUGAUCAGGGUACCUGCUAAGUCUUAAAGCUAAGCUAACCAGCUGCCUGUGUGUUCAAGAAAGGUGUAAGACUCUAGCUAUGUCAGCUUGCAAAAAAAGGACACAAGCAUUAUUGGCAUACUUAAUGCAAAACUGAGUGCAUAAAACAAGAACCAAUGCUUUUGUAAAGGCCUACUGCUGAUCCCUGUUACCUUUCUUGUUACUCUUUUCUAAUGGUAAGCAUAUUUAGAAAUGUUUGAUUUUAAUAUUUUUUUUCCAUUACAUUUUUAUUAUCCUGAGAAUGUUUACAAAUGUGUCAGAUGUUAAGCAGGCAGUUUAAAGGAAUCAUGAUAUGUACAAAGAAACCUGUGAUCAUUAACUGUUAAUAUGAAAACUGGCAAAACACCACAUACAUGUCUAUCUACGCUGUCAAAGGAGAUAAUAAAAGAGG